AUGGAAUCGCACAACUAUUCCUUGGACAACAAUCUUCCGAGCAACGAGGAGACGUUCGAGAGCGGAAAAAACUACGUCGCCCCGGACUUUCUCGCUAUCCUGCGCAAAUUCUGCGAAAUGCCGUGCAUGAGAGAUCGUGGCGUUGUGCAGCAGCCGACGGCCACCAGCUGGUGGCACACGGAAGAGGCAGUGCUGGUGGCUCCGUAUGCCAUCAUCCUGCUCCUCGCCGUACUGGGCAACGGCCUGGUGAUCCUGACACUGGCCGUCAACCAGCGCAUGCGCACUGUGACCAACCUGUUUCUUCUCAACCUGGCCGUGAGCGACCUGCUCCUGGGCGUGUUCUGCAUGCCCUUCACUCUCGCCGGAGUCAUUCUACGCGAGUUCGUCUUUGGACAACUCAUGUGCAAGCUCAUACCUUACCUGCAGGCGGUGUCGGUGUGCGUUUCCGACUGGACUCUGGUGGCCGUGUCGGUAGAGCGCUACUACGCCAUCUGCGAGCCGCUACGCUCACGAGCGUGGCAGACACCUCGGCACGCUCAGCGCACCGUGGCGACAGUAUGGACAGUCUCGCUUCUCCUCAUGCUUCCAAUCGCACUGCUCAGUGAACUGAGGCCCAUCAGAGACUCUUCCAAGAUGAAAUGUCGAGAGGACUGGGGAGACCUUCUGUACGAACGACUGUUCACGCUAUUCCUGGACGUGCUGCUGCUUGUGCUGCCACUCCUCAUCAUGGUUGCCACGUAUGCGCGCAUCGCGGCCACCCUGCGUUCAGCCAUGCAGCAGCAGCAGACUGAAGCGGCCACAGGAUCACCGAAACAGAACGGUGCCACGUCACUGCGCGUGCACCGGGGCGCCACCAUCCGGUGGCACCAGCGGGACCCUGACCGGUCGCUGGCCACCAAGCAGCGCAUCAUCCGCAUGCUGUUCGUAGUGGUGGUCGAGUUCUUCGUCUGCUGGACACCCCUGUACGUGCUCAACACGGUCUCGUUGUUUCGACCGGAAGCCGUGUACUACGGCCUCGGCUAUCGGGGCAUCUGCUUCCUGCAGCUGCUGGCGUACGCCUCCUCCUGCUGCAAUCCCAUCACGUACUGCUUCAUGAACAGAACGUUCAGAGUUAGCUUCCUCGCGCUGUGCCGUCGCAGACAGCGCGUACAGGGUCCAGGCAGUGUGCGAAGAUUGACUAAGCAAGACUUUGUUUACGUUCUUGAUCGGGAAAAGACGUAGUUGUUCCGAUUAUUGGUUUUUCUUUGUUAUUAAAAAUAGGGUCGUUAUUUCAUCUGGGCGAAAAGUAACAUCGUUACAACCCUCCCGGUAAUUAACAAUGUUUACAGAUUUGGGGGCUUAUAAAAUUGCGCACUUCACAGUGACGACUGAUUUAGGUGGCGACUGAUCUCCGUACGUUUCUGCUCAAUCAAGCUGAUCGCAAUCCGAACCAUUGCACAGUCCAAAAGUUUUUCGCUAGGCCUAUCCCGCUUACUUCACCUCAUUCACGCAGGGUAACCACCCUUGUACAUAUAAAUAAACCAUCUGUUCAGUGUUAUUAAAAUUGUAUUAAACUACAAGA